AUGUCAGGUGUUGUAAUGGGGGAGAAAUGUGUUACAGAGGACUCAAAGUGGACAGACACAGAGGAGAAGGAAGAACACAUGUGCAGCACAGGUGAGACUCCAACUCUUCAUGAGCUUGAGGAGAUUUUACAUUCAGCUCCUCGCUCAUGUCACCAUGUAGAUGAGGUGUGGCCAAGUCUUUUUCUGGGAGACAUGUUUAUGUCUCAUGAUAAGUUUGGACUCUGGCAGCUGGGAAUCACUCAUGUGGUGAACGCCUCCCACGGGAAACUCUGCUGCAAAGGCAGUGAUGAUUUCUAUUGAACCACAGUGAAGUAUUACGGCGUGCCCGCCAACGACCUGCCAACUUUCGACCUCUCACCUUUUUUCCACCCUGCUGCAGAGUUUAUUCACCUGGCUUUAUCAUCAGGAGGGAAGAUUUUUGUCCACUGUGCUGUGGGAGUGAGCCGCUCGGCUGCGCUGGUUUUGGCCUACCUGAUGAUCCAUCAUGGCUUCAGUCUUCGCUCUUCAAUACGCUGUGUGCAACAGAAGCGCUGGAUUUUCCCUAACAGGGGAUUUCUACGACAGCUUGUAGACCUUGAGCAAACACUGAUGUCAAAAGACAACAUGAGCUGA